UCAGGAUAUCUUAAGCUCAUUUAAUUUGGGAUUGGGAUUUCUUUGUCCAGACGAAUAUGCAAAUGGAUCAGAUAAGAAAUUUGUUUACUGGGGAUUUCAUUCAACAGUAUCUAUCUAGUGAGUCCGGCCCACUAGAUCAGAGCCAACCUUCACUAUCGAUGCCGCACUCCCUUAUCAAUGCAGAUUAUCCGUCUUCUUUUCUUGACAUGCUGAGCAAACCUUACAUGCCGGAUACUUUCAACGAGGUAUCGUCCUACCAAGUAACCGAACCAACACCCCUUGUGAUUCCACCUCAUCAACUAGCCAUGCAAUCUCACGCCCAAUCCCACAGUAUUCGAUUGCCAACUCCAGCAAGCGAUGACGAGGCAAUGAUAAGGGCCAUGCUUUCAGUCCUCUCCUCUCAUUCGUUAUUCUCAUCCUCUUAUGGGUCACAACAAACUCAAACUUUCCAACAUCAGAUAAGCGAUGGAACAGGUGCUUUCAAGCCUUACGAUCCAGCACUUGACCUUAUGGCUGGAACUAGGCCUAAUUCCCAUGGCCAGUACAGAAUCAAGCUUGUGUUCGCCAUCUUACGAAGCAUCUAUUCAACAAGCCGGGAGCCAUGGAUGCAAGAAAUCCAACAAAAACGCUCUCAGCUGCACCAUAUUAUAACCGAACGCAGGCGGAGAGAGAAGAUUAAUGAAGGUUUUCAGGAGCUGAUAUUGCUGCUUCCUCGUGUAUGGAAGAAAGAUAGGAUAUCUGUGCUCUCCAAUACUAGGGAAUAUUUAAGUGCUUUGAAAGUUCAACUUGUGGAGCUGAAAGACAAAAACCGAAUGUUAGAGACCCAAGUUUCUCUGGCAAGAGAAGACCGUGAAGACUCUGACACCCAGAUAGAGCGAGUAGUAAUACAAGCUGUUGGAGCAUCCUCCGAACCAUUAUCCGCUGAAGAGCGACAAAUCGAGUUGCGAGUGAGAGUCAGGGAAGAAGACUGUGAUAUGGGGGUUUUGGUGCGCCGCAUACUUGAAUGUCUGAAACAAAUGAAGGAUAUAAGUAUAGUAUCAUUGGAAGCACACAUCCAGUUGCACCAUACGAACCGGUGGAAUCGUGUUAUCUUCCGAUUGAAAAUCAAGGUAUAUAUUGAAAUUAAGUAAUGAGCUUUAUUUGGUAAAUAUAUUUGUAGAAUGCUGGUAUAGAAGGAUUUGUUUUUCACUGUUUAGUAAUCUAUAGAUGACAAUCUUAUAAUGAGGAAGAGCACUGUCAAUGGGGCCAUUGUACCUCAAAUCAGGUGCCAACGGGGAACAUUUGUAUGAGAACCAAGCCGCUCAUCAGGUGGACCUGCCAUGAAGAUUCUAUGGCAAAAAAUUAAUGUACACUCUCGUAAGGGGGGCCAUGGACCAGACAUGUUUGAAUGAAAUGGUUAAUUAGAAGAAUUGACCAAUUGGCCUCUUCUUUUUGGUUGACAUGGACAGUGUGACCCACCUGAUGAGUGGCGUUGAUUGUUUCACACCUGCCAUGAUGGUGAUCUGGCCACUGUUGGCUGUAUAAGCCAGAGUUUUUCUUUGCUUCAAGAUAACAGAUUUUUCUUGGCUUUACAGAGCCUUAGCACAACUCAGAAAAUCUGAUUGUGUACAAGGAAGGGAGAGAGAGAGAAAAGAAACCAGAAUUUUUUCAAACUGAUUUUUUUUUUUCUCUGCUACUGCACAAAUUACUUUUUACUUGCUGCUGUGUUUCUUGCUAUUCACUUGCUUGCUACAAUGGGAUACACAAGAUGCCCUUUUAUAGGCUUUUGAAUAAAAUAUGAAAAGA